GUGGCGCAGCCACAGGGAGGGGCCGUCCAGCCGCCGGUCCGGCCAGCUGAAGCUUCGGGAGCUCGGGUUUUAGCCCUGCAGCGACGCCCCCCACCCCGAGUGCCACCGCCACCGCUGCUGCUCUCGCCCCUUCGCCUCUCGGCCGCGCCAUGGGCACCCGCGACGACGAGUACGACUACCUCUUCAAAGUUGUCCUUAUUGGAGAUUCUGGUGUUGGAAAGAGUAAUCUUCUGUCUCGAUUUACUCGGAAUGAGUUUAAUCUGGAAAGCAAGAGCACCAUUGGAGUAGAAUUUGCAACAAGGAGCAUCCAGGUCGAUGGGAAAACAAUAAAGGCACAGAUAUGGGACACAGCAGGGCAAGAGCGAUACCGAGCUAUAACAUCAGCAUAUUAUCGUGGAGCUGUAGGUGCCUUAUUGGUUUAUGACAUUGCUAAACAUCUCACAUAUGAAAAUGUAGAACGAUGGCUGAAAGAACUGAGAGAUCAUGCUGAUAGUAACAUUGUUAUCAUGCUUGUGGGCAAUAAGAGUGAUUUACGUCACCUCAGGGCAGUUCCUACAGAUGAAGCGAGAGCUUUUGCAGAAAAGAAUGGUUUGUCAUUUAUUGAGACAUCUGCUUUAGACUCCACAAAUGUAGAAGCUGCUUUUCAGACAAUUCUAACAGAGAUCUACCGCAUUGUUUCUCAGAAGCAAAUGUCAGACAGACGUGAGAAUGACAUGUCUCCAAGCAACAACGUGGUUCCUAUUCACGUUCCACCAACCACUGAAAACAAGCCAAAGGUGCAGUGCUGUCAGAACAUCUAAGGUGUUUCCUCCCCUAAAAGGCUGUGUAUAGUCCAUUUCCCAGGUCUGAGAUUUAAAUAUAUUUGUAAUUCUUGUGGUUACUUUUGUGUUUUAUUACCUCCUCAUACUUGCAAAUUUUUCCAUGUCUUAAGUCUUUUGAUUUUAGCUUUAUAAAAUCAUCCACUUGUCCCGAAUGACUGCAGCUCUUUUUCAUGCUAUGGCUUCACUAGCCUUAGUUUAAUAAACUGAAUGUUUGAAUUCCUCAAUUAUUGUUUACUUUUCAUCAUGGAAACCUGUCACACUGUAGGACAUAAUAAACUUGAUCACUUGAAGCUCAGACCUUUUGGUCUUGAUGAAAUCAAACUAAGGAGAACUUAGAAAUAAGCUAUAUUACUUUGCCACAGAGCAGCUUUAUAAGUAAUACACUCUUGUAUCAGUACAGUGCAUAUAUCCACAAAUCUAAGCAUUGCCCUGUAACCAGCAGGAGUUUGACAGCUUGACAUUUUCCCCAUUGUUCUGAAAGUCAACUUCUAAAAUGCCUUAAUAGGUUCAUAUAAUUUAGGAAUUUUGUUUCUUAAUUUUUGUAAGCAUCAGAGUUUAAUUAGAGAGGGGAUACUUUCAUAUGGACAAGAAUUAUCUGCAUAAACAUGAAAGAUUCUUAAGAUUUUGUUAGUGGUACAGUUAUGGGGCUGUAAGUUAAACAGUGCUGCUUAGCAGGCUGGGAACUGCAGAGACUAGUGGAAUUCCAUCUGUUGUAACUCUGUGGCAGCGACUAAGACCCAAGUCAUUGGACAGAUCUAAUUUCCCAGCAAUAGAUUAUGUGGCAUUUGAUUGCUCAGGCAAUAACUGGUUUAAUGCUAGCUGUAUCAAUUUUGGAAGUGUUUCUUUUAAAACCUUCCUGUAAGUGAAAAUGCAACUUAAUUUUAACAGCAUAUCCACCAGCAGGCAUGAUGAAUUAUUUUUAACAAUGCUGAUGUUUGCAUUUUUUCAGUAUAUUUAUGGGAUAUAAUCCAGUGAAAUCUUUGGUUACAGUAUGUCUAAGUACAGUGAGAAGUUAAUUUCUGCCCAAGUGGUACUACUUAAAGGCAUGUAUUCUUUUAAAACAUAAGAAGAAAUAGUACCUUGAGUUUAAAUAGAACGCAUUUAAGCAUUAUAGAAACCUGAAAUAAUUUUCUUCCACUACAUUAUUGAAAUCAAUGAAGCAACUAGUUUCUCAUUCAGAAAUGUGCACACUAAUACUUGGUUUACUUUCUUGUGGAUAAUAUUAAGCACUUAUUCUGCAGUUUUCUGAAAGUUGUGUCAACUGCAGUGAUACUCUUCAGGGUGGUGGGAUAUCCCCAGGAACACAUACGUGGGCUUGCACAGAUUCUUCUGUUCAGUAGUUAAUUUUUUGCUCUUUGCGGUGCUCAUGAUGUGUGGGAUGCACGGAAGGCAUUGCUAUAGUCAGUGUUUUAGUUUCUUCUGUAGCUAUUUUAUUAUUUUAGAGCAUUGGUUAUGAAGAAUACUAUUAUCUAUUUGUAAAUUGCUACUUUGUAUUUUAUGCAUGCUCUGUAACUUGAUUUUUUUUCUUUUAGUUACUGGUUUGGAAUAUAUUCUCAUUCUAAUAAACAGUCAUAGAGGGUCUGUU